AUGGCUAGGCUGCCUGCCUCAGCUCUCUGCAAAGUGACAGCGCUGUCGGCAUCAAGGCGUGCCAGCCAGUCAUUUGGUUCGGCAGUUCGCUACUCCUCGAGCUCGUCAAGCUCAUCUGCGACUUAUGAGAAUUUUUUCGCCUCUCGCACUGCUCUCGUGUCUGCGACACUUUUCACUGUUGGCUCGAUUGCAUGGUACUCGCAUGUCUACGGAACUCUCCCAUUCAUCGGCGAAGUCCAUGCAUCCUCUCCAGCAGAAGAAGGGUUACACCCAACUAACUGGCCAUUCUACCACAAGGGUCUUCUAAACACUUUUGACCACGCCAGCAUUCGUCGAGGGUACCAGGUGUACCGCGAAGUGUGCGCGUCUUGCCAUUCCCUGGAGCGUAUUGCUUGGCGAAACCUUGUUGGUGUCUCGCACACGGUAGAUGAAGUGAAAGCGAUGGCAGAAGAGGUUGAAUACACAGAUGGACCCAAUGAUGCUGGCGAUAUGUUCCAACGUCCUGGGAAGCUUUCAGACUACAUGCCGUCCCCCUAUCCGAAUGAAGAGGCUGCACGUGCAAGCAAUGCCGGAGCCCUUCCUCCUGAUUUAAGUCUAAUGAUCAAGGCUCGUCACGGCGGUGCAGACUACGUGUUUUCCUUGCUUACCGGUUAUGUUGAUCCUCCAGCUGGUGUCAAGCUUUUGGACGGGUUGAACUACAACCCAUACUUCCCUGGCGGUGCUAUUGCCAUGGCCCGUGUAUUGUUCGACGGCCUGGUGGAAUACGAGGAUGGUACUCCUGCAACAACGAGUCAAAUGGCGAAGGACGUCGUGACGUUCCUAUCCUGGGCUUCUGAACCCGAACACGACGAGCGAAAGAAGUACGGAUUAAAGGCCGUUAUUCUCUUUUCAGCGCUUACCGCAAUAAGCAUUUACGUGAAACGAUACAAGUGGGCCCCGAUCAAGUCCAGAAAAAUCAUUUACAACCCGCCUGUGCCGAAAGGACACUAA